UGGGCGAAGUUUUAAAUACCUAACGGUUAAGAUUUUAUUACUUGUUUUAAAAUACUAUUUUAAAAUUUUACAUAUAAAGAAGAUUGGAACGCUAGAAGUAUUUUAACCUGUAGCAUAAUAUUUACUUUUUAACCACUUUAUGAUACUAAGACUUCUACAUUACAAUAAAUUUUCAUUUUAAUAAAUACUUACCCAUAAAAUAAUGGAAGAUUUCGAUAUAUUCACUGAUGAAAUAAACUAUACUCAACCUCUUUUUAAAAAUAUACUAAAUCAAUAUGUUAAGGAUAUACCAAAAACUCCUAGUAGUUCCAAUUAUCAAAGUGCCCAUAAAUUAUGUGCAGAAGAAUGCUUAGCUGAUUGUAAGGAGAAUGAAUGUGCCUUCCAUUUGAGUGAAUCAGUUGAUGCAGGAGUAAGGAUAUUGGCUGUAUAUAGGGAAGAACAGUGUAAAAUAGAGGCUGACAAACUGCAAAAAAUUAAAUGUUACAUUCAGCCAGUCAAAGAUAUAGUGGAAAAUACUAGAGUCUCCCAAGAAGAUGAAGAAAUUCUUGAUUUAUUAUGUGAUGAUGAUGAAAUAACAAAGAUUUUGGAUGAUAUAGACUUGAAUGAUGACCAGCCUUAUCACAUGAAAUAUAUGAGGUUUGGACCCCACAACAAUGUGGACAAUUUUCUCAAAAUUAUAGAAGAAAUGCCUAAAGAGUGGACUAUUGUUCAGUUGACUGCUCCAUACAAUCCCAAUGAAAAUUUUAAAUCGAUGAAUGAUUACAGAAAUGAAGUCAAUUCUAUAUUUCUUUCUGUCUUCACAAAUGAUUAUUUGGGUUCCGAAGGACCUAUCACUGUUACUAUGCCGGCUAACAUUGUUAAAGAAGGAGAAAAGCCCUUGUUUACAGAAUUAUUCUCGCUGUUGGAUGAUAACUAUAAGACAAUUGAUAAUGCACAAUACCUGAAUAACAAGAGACUUAUUAAGAACUACUGGAGCCGACGAGAGGAGAUUGACCUGAGGAUAAAGAGUGUUAUAAAUGUUAUGGAUAAAGAAUGGCUUGGUGGUUGGAGCAGUCUCCUCACUGGGAAAUUAAUGGAUUCAAGUGUACGAGAUAAUUUGAAAGCAUAUAUCGACUCUGCCUUCAUUGAUUGGGGAUUUCUAAAAUUAAAUAAAAAACAAAAGAUACUCAUUUAUAAUUUGAUGGAGAGUGCAGCAGUGCUGCCAAUGCAACAAGUCAAAUCUUGUAUAAGGAAAAUUCUUACUGAAUAUGGCAACAUCGAGGAAAUAAGAACUAUCAGGAGUACAAUCAAAUGUGACAAAUGUUCUGCCGAUUUUAGAUUUACGCAGAAUUUGUGUCUAAAGUGUCUGUCUAAGUGUUUUGAAGAAAUACAUAAGUUUACUUUAGCGGAUGGUAUUCGCGCAUUUUCCCAAGUGGCAACACACAUCAAAGAUGGCGAGAAGUGGUCUGCAUUAAAGAGGACGAAAAGACAACCGGUUAUUUUAAUAGUUGAUGAGCGACUGGAUACGUUCCCGUGGGAGAGUUUGCCGAUCCUGACCCAGCAACCGGUGUCUCGCAUAGAGAACAUACACUUCCUGUACGCGCUGUUCAAGACAUACCAACCUAACAUCCGCGAGGGAUACUACUCCGCCAGUGCUGACGUCGGCAGAUAUGUCAUCAAUCCGGAGCGUGACCUGGACCGCAUGCAACACCGCAUGGAGUCGUUUAUCAAGUACUGGUGCUCCCAGUGGAGCGGCCACUGCGGGGAGCCUCCCAGCCCGCAAACUCUCGCAGAGUAUCUGGCGCAGGCUGACAUCUUCCUGUACUGCGGCCACGGCGACGGGUGUCAGUCGUCGAGUGCCAACACGAGUGGGCACGCCGUGUGUCUGUUGUCCGGCUGCGGGUCAGCGCGGCUGGUGCAGCGACACCCGCGUGCGCCGCCCGCCGCCGCGCAUCAGUACUUACAUGUCGCCGCGCAUCCAAUCGUGGUGGGCAUGCUGUGGGAGGUGACAGACCUGGAGGUGGACAAACUGGUGAGCACCCUGCUGUCGUUGUACGUACCGUCCACGGCGCAGGUGGACUGGAAGAGUGUGGGCAAGGCGAAGUGGAGUCAGGGGAUACUUGAUGUGGACGUAGAACAAAAGGGUCAGCGGUCCCAGGAGCCGGAUUUGCUCCGCGCCAUUUGCAAAUCGAGAACAGCCACCAACUUCCUGAUGAUCGCAACCAGUAUUGUGGCGAGGGGAAUCCCCGUGCGCAUCACUAGCGACUCGUGACAAGUGAUCACUUUCUUGUACAUACUAGAUAGAUACAAAUUAAGUUCGGUACAUUUAGCAGAUAUUAAAAUGAAUAAGAUUUCUUGAUGGCAA